UCUCACAUACUCACCUCGUACUCCUUCUCCUUUCUCUUUCAUGACCAACCACUGCCUCUGCCGGCAGUACACGCCAAGCUGCUGUGUGAGAUAGGAUCGAAUAAUUUGAUGUGUCAUCUCUGUGCAGCCAUUUUCAACGGAGCUGACGAACGCAAUCCAGGGUAAUUCACUCUAUGUUAGUAUCCUGCCGACUCGGGAGAUUGGUAUCCAUAUUUCUGUGUUGCGAGCAGACAGUCCGAGGAAGAAGAAUGAUGGAACCAAGCUCGCUGUCCCCUUUUUCUUUUUCUUUUUUUUUUCUCCACUCCCACUCUAUUCGUACGACGGCUCUACGGAACCCAGACGUAAGCACAUAGUGGUCGUCUCGUCUCCAGAUCGCGCUUGGGGAUAGUUGUCUUAGCCGGCUCCUCGCGGUGUUUUCGGGAAACCAAGAUGUGUGGCCCGGGCAAGCGUGCAAGCAUACGGAGUAAUCACCUUCAAAUAUUCCUAGCCACCCCCAAGCGCAGCAAAGAGGAAAGCAUGUCCGUACCCUACGAGCUUCCCUCGCUCGGGCCGCUCUCUUUGUCAACCCAGUCACCACUCGGGAAUGCCAAGUCCCUCUCGUUGGCGCCCUUGUUGGCUGUCCCCAGCGUCUCUGAACGAUUUGAAAACAAUAACAAACUCGGACACGAAGCAAGAAAAAAUGGGACAGGCAGGACGUUACGUCAAGCAGCGACCCGCGGUCCAAGUCCUCGGCACGGGUGCGGAAGCGAGCUUGUUGGCCCUGUUUCCAAUCCUGCUGGCAGCCGAAAAGCCCCGGGCUGCUGCAUCCGCCGGUGGUGGUGGUGGUGGGGUGGGGGCAGCAGCAAGGGAGGUUUGCGGGGACGCGAAGCCCACAAAGCUCACUUCGGUCCAGUGGUCUCGGCCGGCCGCCGCGCAAUCCCUGACUGAUGCAAGUGGGUUCCUAAAGAGAAGCAAGUGAUAAACAGGAGAAAACAUAACUAAAG